AUGCUCCGCUGCCCCGACCAGACUACGGCUAUCGACUUGUGGGCCGUAGGCGUAAUUUUCCUCUCCUUCCUUACCGGCCGUUAUCCUUUUGUCAAAGUGAAUGACGAUCUGGAGGUCUUACACGUAUUUACCUAUCUUCUUGGCUACGAAAGGAUGCAGCGCGGUGCAUACAGUGUGGGCAAGCGUCUGCUGGUCGACCCGAAGCCCCCACCUCUGGGUGACACGGAGACACCGCUGUCGUUUUUGAAAAAAAGGUCAGCCUUCCAUCCAAUCCGUGAUUCUUGCUUUUGCCCCACAUACUUUCCUUAG